ACUCAUAUAAGCUCCGUCUCUCUCGCUCUCUCUGUCUCUCUCUCUCUCUCUCUCAAAGCUUCUCCUACCUUGCCCAGUAUUUGAGAUUCGAGCUUAAGUUAGGGCUUUGAUUGCUCCUUCAGCGCAGGAUGGAAGGAAGAUUUGAUCCAACAGCCAUGGCGCGCGGGCGGCUGGCCGUACUCACCUCCCACGUCAUCGGCGCCGCAGCCGCCGACGGUGUCUUGGCGGUUUUGGAGGCAUCCCCGGUCUCUGCGCAGGAGAUCGUGCGGCCGCCGGGAAAUCUCGCCGGUAGGCUGGUAGUGACCGAUUCGAGGACGGGGAAGCAGUACGACCUCGAUAUUUCGGAGGAAGGGACUGUUAAAGCUGUUGAUUUUAAAAAGAUAACAACUGGAAAAGAUGACAAGGGACUCAAAAUCUAUGAUCCUGGAUAUCUUAAUACUGCUCCAGUGCGGUCAUCUGUCUGUUAUAUUGAUGGAGAUGAGGGCAUUCUUAGAUACAGGGGCUACCCCAUUGAGGAAUUAGCUGAGAAUAGCACUUUUCUUGAAGUUGCGUUUCUUUUAAUGUAUGGGAAUUUGCCUUCUAAGAGCCAAUUGGCGGACUGGGAGUUCACUAUUUCUCAACAUUCUGCAGUUCCUCAGGGUCUUUUGGAUAUUAUACAAGGAAUGCCUCAUGAUGCACACCCAAUGGGUCUUCUUGUUAGUUCAAUGAGUACACUGUCAGUGUUUCAUCCAGAUGCUAAUCCUGCUCUACGAGGCCAAGAUCUUUAUACAUCAAAAACGGUGAGGGACAAGCAGAUAGCAAGAAUUCUUGGAAAGGCACCAACAAUUGCUGCAGCUGCCUAUUUGAGAUUGGCUGGAAGGCCUCCGGUGCUCCCUUCCAGUAACCUAUCUUAUUCGGAAAACUUUUUAUAUAUGUUGGAUUCUUUGGGUGACAGGUCAUAUAAACCUAAUCCUAGGCUUUCUCGGGCCCUUGACAUUCUAUUUAUCCUACAUGCAGAGCAUGAAAUGAACUGCUCUACAGCUGCUGCAAGACAUCUUGCGUCAAGUGGCGUGGAUGUAUAUACUGCUCUGGCAGGAGCUGUAGGAGCACUAUAUGGCCCUCUUCACGGCGGAGCAAAUGAGGCCGUCCUUAAGAUGCUUAAUGAGAUUGGAACUGUUGAAAAUAUUCCAGAUUUCAUUGAUGGUGUGAAAAACAGGAGAAGAAAAAUGUCAGGGUUUGGACAUCGAGUGUACAAAAACUAUGAUCCUCGUGCUAAGGUUAUCCGGAAGCUGGCAGAGGAGGUCUUUUCAAUUGUUGGUCGUGACCCCCUUAUUGAGGUGGCUGUUGAGUUGGAGAAAGCUGCUUUAUCCGAUGAUUACUUUGUCAAGAGGAAGCUCUAUCCUAAUGUCGACUUCUAUUCUGGCUUGAUAUAUCGUGCCAUGGGAUUUCCGACGGAGUUUUUUCCUGUUUUAUUUGCUAUUCCACGAAUGGCUGGAUACUUGGCACACUGGAGAGAAUCACUUGAUGAUCCUGACACGAAGAUUAUGAGACCGCAGCAGGUUUACACUGGCGUUUGGCUUAGACAUUACCAGCCCGUGAACGAACGAGUGGCUUCAACUGAAACUGAAGAGCAUUGGCAGGUCUCAGUUUCAAAUGCUACCAGAAGGCGCCUGGCUGGAUUUGGUGUGUAGGUCAGUUAUAUAGAUAUAUAUACAUUUGGGAUGACUUUUUUACUGCUUAGUAUAAAAAUCAAAAUUUGUGUACUAAAAAGCUGCUUCAAGAAACAGUAAAACAGCCGUCCCAAACGAAGCCUUAAACUACUAAGAUUUAGCCCCAAUAUGCUAAGUUCUGAUGCCUAAGCUUCUGUAAAUAUUUCUGAAUUAUGGCAAAGUAAUGGCUCUUAAAUUCUGAGUUAAAUAAGUGUAGUUAAAAAACCUGCUCUGCCUUGUUAUUUUGCUUAAAGACUGUAAUAAUGGGACAGGAUAUUGAUCAAGUUUCAUACAUAUAUAACAUUUUUAUGUAUUAAUUUUGAUUUCAGAGAGCAAAUUAUUAGUAAA